AUGUUUCUUUUGUAGGCUAGGUGCAGAUGUUUCAUAAUGUUUACUUUACGAGUUGCAAAUCGUGGUAUAUUAACGUGUAGACAUCUAAACAAAGUCAUAUCCAGAACUGAUAAAUGUUUCGGGUCAGAAACAGCACCCGUGGUGUGUAUUUCCCAUUACAAAGGAUUCCAUCAAAGUAGAAGUCUAUGGUAUGGUGAUAAUCAAGAUAAAUCAACAGAACAACCGGAACAAAAAGUCAAAAAACAGAAACGAAAGAAGAAAAAAGCUGCACAACCUACGGAGGAUAAAAAAGAAUCGGAUACAACAGACAAACAACCAAAGCUGACUGUUGCAACUAAAAAGAAGAAGGUUCCAGGGAAAAAGUCGAAAUCCAAGAUAGAAACAAUUGUGAAGGAAGUUGCAUCAGAGUUACAUCCUGGAGAAGAUGCUGAAGUAGAAAGAGCAACCUCAGAGUUGGAACUUCUAAACCGGAUGUUACAGAUCGAACAAUCUUCAACUGAUGACAAUGAUGAUGGUGGUGGAGCACAAAAUGUUAGUUCGUACUUGGAUAAUUUAAAAGAGGAAAAACAAAUUGAAGAAAAGAUGCAUGUGAAGCAAGUAGCCAAAACUUUGCACUCAACCGAAACAUUGAACAUCUUCAAGAAUGGUUCUUCAACUGUAAAGACAGCAGAGGAUCUUAACCCUGAUUCAAGCAAAUGGUCAGCAAUAGAUUGGCACGACAAAUAUUUCUUUGAUGAAGUGGAAAAGUUUAAAGACAUGGCACCACCCAGCACGCAGUUUGAUGAGGUUUAUAGAUUAAUGGAUCAGGGCAAGAUGUGGAAGUUUCCUAUAAAUAAUGAAGAAGGAAUGGAGGAAGAACAGAAUGUUCCGUUCCAUCAACAUGUUUUCCUUGAUGACAAACUUAAUGAGGGUGAUUGGUGUCCACGGAGUGGUCCCAUACGUCUCUUCAUGGUGUCCGUCAUAACAGCAUUAUCAGCCAACCCACACCUUUCUGUUAAAGAGAAACAUUUGCACAUUGAGUGGUUCAGGGAUUAUUUCAAUGAGAAAAAGGCGAUUUUGGAAACAUUGGGAUUGUUUAAUACGAAAAAGCAAAAACAAUUGUAACUGUCAAUAAAAAGUAACUGUUUUUCAAAGAAAUUUCAAUAAAAGUCGUAACCAAUA